AUGAGCGCAUAAUAACCAAAUGACUAGUUUCCUGCCAAAUGGCUUAAUGAUAGUAACCUGGAAGAUAAUUAAAAGGAUAUAAAAGAUCUCCAUUUAAUGAAAGAAGGGUUUAAAAUAGUAGAUAAAUAAGGAAUCGUAUAUAGAGAUUUGUAAUUUGAAGAAGAAAAAAAGCCAUUAUCUGAACAGACUAAAGAAGCACUAACCACUGGAGCAAAGCUUGUAGGAAGUGCUGCUAUAUAGGUGGCAGAUGCUUCUAAAUAUGGCUUCAUGAAAUUAUUUGGAUUCCUUUAAAAGGCAGGAGAUAAAAUAAUAGGAAAUCUUUCUGCUUUUUAAGAGACUUAUUUGCAAUAUAGAUAAAAAUAAAAAGAGUUACAAGAAUAAGAAAACAAAAGUUAAAUUUAGGAAAAUUGGGAAAUUAUUGUAUCUGAUGAUACUCCUUAAGAAGAAAUUGAUUAGAUUAAAAAAUAGAUAGAAGAAGAUGGAGGUGUUUUGAAAAUAACCAGAGUGCAAAAAGCAGUAAAUUUAUAAAAACUUGGUUCCAACUUGCGUAUUAUUUAAUUGCAGAAUUCGAGUGAAAGUUUUUGCAGAUUUAUUGAAAAUUAACCAUCAAGAAUAAGAUAGGAAUAAUUUGGUUUACUUGAUUCAGAAAAUAUUGAAAUGAGAGGGGCUCUUUAACUGGAUGAUUCUGAAUUUGAAUAGAUGAAAAAAUAUUAAGAAGAGCUUGUAAAGGAUUAAUAUUUUGAUUGGAGUAGGAUUUUGAGCCCAAAUUAAAAUCUACAGGAUGAAUAAAAUCAGCAAUAAAAUAAUAUUUCUGAUUCAAGCGAAUGUUAUGUUUAUCGUAUUGAUAACGCUACCAUAAGUUAGCAAUCUUAACAAGUAUUUGAUGCUAACUAAUACAAUAAUUUUAUGAAAGUAUUAGUACCUUCAAUUAACCCUUAAUAAGUUAAUCAAAUGCCUUAAGAAUAUCAAGAAAACUAUGCUAACUAAGGAUAUUAAAAUAAUUAAAAUUAAAACUAUGAUAAUUAGAAUAACUAUUAACAAAACAUUGAUUAAAACAAUUAAUAUCUAUAAAAUUAUUAUUAUAAUUAAAUGAACCAAGCUCAAUAUAAUAACCAUAAUUAAAUGAACCAACCUUAAUAUAAUAAUUAUAAUUAAAAUUAAAACUAAGAUGAAGAUAAAUAAUUAGAAGAACCAAUGGCUAAUUGA